AUCAAUUCAUGUUAAUAUGUUAUACAUCCUCAUGUCCCAUUGACUAAUUAUUUCCAUGUCUAUACUUUUCCACCCAUCUUCCCUCUUCCCUCUUCCUUUCAAUUUUCAAUUUUUCAAAUAUCAUAUCCUUUAUAUAUAUUUCUUACCCACUUUGCUUUUUCAAAAAAAUUAAAUACCCAUUACCACUUACUUAUCUUCAUAACCACCAUCGAUCCUUUAAUUUGUGUUUAAUUACCAACUCUAGCUUUCACCUUUCUCCUCCAUGGACCAUCCUGAUUCCCCGGGAGGCGGCCGACCGCCUCGAAAGGAGCUACACGGUCCAAGGCCGGCACCCUUGAAGGUUAGGAAAGAAUCACACAAGAUCAGAAAACCGCCGGUUGCGCCACCAGCUUAUCCGACACAAAACCAACAACUUCCACCUUAUCUGCCGCCACCACGUCAGCCUGUGAUCAUAUACACCGUGUCUCCUAAGGUAAUCCAUACACACCCUAGUGAAUUUAUGACACUUGUCCAAAGGCUAACGGGAUCAGAUGCCACGUCAUCAUCAUAUGCUACUUCUAGUAAUGUUACUUCUUCAAGUAGUACCAUUGUUGAUGGCUUUUCUUCUUCUACUACUACAACAAGGUCCCAUCACGUAACGGGGGGCAUAUCGCCAGCAGCGAGGUUUGCGAGUAUCGAAAAGACGAAAAUGCACUCGGAGGCUAAGAAGUUUGUUGGUCCAAGUGAAGUUUUCAGAAGAGAAGUAAUGGAUAUUGAAGAAUAUGUCAAUAGUGGUGGUGGUGGUGGUGGCGGCGGCGGCGGUGGCAUUGAAGGAGUAGAACGAACCAUGGUUUUUCCGGGUAUUUUAUCUCCCGGACCGGGUUCCCUACCCCCAAUUUCACCAAACUUGUUCUCCCCCUUUUUCCAUGAUUCAAAUAACUUAAACCUACAACAUCAUGACUUAGGUGGUGUACAACAUGGAAAUAAGAGUUUAAUCGAAGGAGGUUACUUACCUAGUCCCUUUUCGACCAAUUUCACUUCUCCUAGUACCAUGUUUUCCCCUAAUUCUCUAGAUUUUUUGCAGCGCGUUUUAGAUAGUUGAACGCGUGAAAAAAAAAAUAGAACAAAAAACAUGAAAAACAAAAUUAUACACAUGUAUUUAACUUGAUUUAAGUUCAAUUUUACCAGUUUUAGUUAGAUCGAUCGAUUGUUUUGGAUUGUAUUGGAUUUGAUUCACAUUCAUUAAUAAAAUAGAUAUUGGUACAAAUUAAAUUAAAAUCUUCCUCAUUUUCAUCGUCCCUGGCUUUAAUUUAUGAUUGCAAAUUAUACAACUAUUUAAUAUACGUAAAUGUCAAUUUUGAUUCUGCAACUUCAACUAUUCUAUCAAUAUGUAGGGUUAUGUACAAUUGAUCUACAUAAAUGUAGGUAGGUACGUAGUAGAAGAUAUACAUACGCAUUCACUCUUAUUUUAUUUAUUUGCAAUGCUCUUUUCCUCAAUGUGGUAUAUAUAUCUGCAUUAUUUCGAUAGCCGUUUUCUUCGUCGCCGUCGCCGUCAUUCCUUCCGUCAUCAUCAUGAUUCAAAGAGGAAGCUUGUGGAGGCGGUUAGCUUACAUCUUGGUGAGAUGCUUCGAAUAUGACUUUCAAUUUAGCUGAAAAAACAAGAUCAAUCAAUAAAUUAAUGAAUUCAUUAAUUAUCUUCUUUGUUUAACUCUUCUAAUUUAUUUUUCAUAUAUAAUUGGAGGUCAACUAUUACACAC